UUGGGAUAUUAAACAAAGCGUGCUGAAGCCGAUGUCAUCGACUAGCAUAAAUGGCGCGCAUUAUACGAGCUGCAGAUUAUCACUUUGCGGUCGCUCGUUAGCAGUUGGCAAUGAAGCUGGUAAUGUUCUUAUGCUCGCCUUCGAAGACAUGCCCUUUCCCGCCUACUAUCAAUAUGAUCAAUUGGUGAAAGCAAUCUACAAUCUCAUAUCCAAUGAUAAGGAGAUGACGCAUAAGGUGAAAAGCCUCGGUUUCUUUGGUUAUGCCGAGCAUGUUAGAUAUCAGCCGAAGAAACGUCGUAGAAUGCGGAAGAAAAUACAAAAGGAUACAAAUUUAAGUGAUGAAAAUUAAAUUUUAACACAUGA